AUGUCCAAUAGUGGUGAUGAAUCCAAAGAUGAUUUGAAGAGAAGAAAUAAAAAACAGCUACAUAUCAAUUUCAAAGCAAAGAAAAAUACUGUUAUCGACGAUUUCAAACUCAAAAGAAGAUUAGAGGUAUUAGAACCACUGUUUCUUGAAAUAAGGCUAAUGAGGGCCGUCAUAACUCACAAUACUGAAGUUGUAGAAAAUCUUUUGAAAUCUGGUGUUAGUGCAAAUAGUACAGAUUCUGACGGAAGAAGUGCUUUACAUGUUGCAGUAAGUAGGGGUUAUGUGGACAUUGUAGAACUGCUUCUGAGUCAUGGGGCUGAUCCUAACAAGAGAGAUAUAAUUCAAAACACACCCCUACAUUUAGCUGCUUGUGUCCAUAACUUAACAAUUGUAUCAAUGCUUAUAAAUGCAAAGGCAGAUGUUAGUUGCCUAGAUUUGCAUGGAAGGAAUCCUUUUCAGUUGGCGUCCAGUAAACUACAGAUAUUACAAAAAGGUUGGAAAGAGGGGGCGAUAGAAAUGAUCAAAUUGAGAGAGGAACUAAAACAGGUUGUGGAUCUUUUGUUAUCAAUUUUGAUGAGAGGUAUUGAAGAAAAGAUGGAAAAAAUGAACCAAUCCGAUAUCGGAGAUCUCCAGUUGAUGAAAUUAUCAUUAAACUCUGACCGUCCAGAAGAUUUAGACAACCAGAUGUCGAGGUUGUUAGAUGGCAUAGAAAAAUUCAAAAUUGUAUAG